AUGGUCAUCUGGUAUGCACUUCAGACUGUCAUUAAGAUGGUUCAGACUGCUCCUUCAAAGAUCUGUACAUCAGCCACUGAUCUGGUUUUUGUGAUUGAUGCCUCCACCAGCAUUGGAGCCACCAACUUUAAGAAGCAGCUUAACUUUGUGGAUAAUACAGCCUCUUAUUUUAGGGUAGGUUCAGACUCUCUUAGGCUUGGUGUGGUCUCUUUUGGGACUGAAGCCAUUGUUUGGAUUAAUCUUGGAGAUCAUAGUAGCUUGCAGGGGAUAUCUAAGGCUCUGUUACAGAUUACUUAUGAUGGAGGGUAUGCAUAUAUACACAAAGCACUCAGAAAAGUCACAGACACAAUGUUUACAAGUGAUGCAGGUGGUCGGGACUAUGCUCCUGAUAUUGUAGUGGUGAUCACAGAUGGACUUUCAAAUCAACCUUUCACAACUGCUGCUGAGGCCAAAUGUCUCCGAAGUGCUGGGGCUACCAUCUAUGCUGUGGGUACCUCUCCCAGUGUUCAAUCUCUAGAGCUACUACUUAUGGCCAGUCGUCCUGAAAAUGUUUUCAAGUCCUUGAGUUUUGAUUCACUAUCUAACAUCUCCAAUGAACUUGUCUUCUCUAUUUGUAAAGAUUACGAGUCCACUAUUUCUCCCAGCUCAUCAGAUGCACCAACAAGACCAAACAGUGUUGAGCUCACAACCACAUCACGGCUACUGACACUGCUAACUAGCACAUUGACAAGUGUAACAACUCCCCAGAAGGAAGUGAUGACUGACCAGCCAACUACCACAACAUCUCACGCUUUCAAGACUGACAUCAUACUUCUCAUCGAUGCAUCGACUAGUGUUGGACUAGAGAGCUGGUCAAAUCUAACCACUUUUGCAUCCAAUUUUGUGCGCUCCUUAACCUUUGGUCCUGAUAAAAAUCUCUUUGGAGCAGUUGUAUUCAAUAAGAGAUCUAAUAUAUUAUUUAGCAUGGACACUUACACCAGCAUUGAUGAAGUCUCAGAAGCAUUAUUAUCUGCACCCAAUCCAUCUAUCAGUAGUACUAGGAACACUAACCUGGGUCUGGCUGAAGUAAGAAAUUCAUUCCUGUUUGGUCCAUCAGCAGGUGGGAGAGAUGAGGUGCCAGAUAUUCUUGUUGUUAUUACUAAUGGACUGUCUAGAUACCCAACAGAAACUCAUGACCAGGCCAACAUCCUUAAAGACAGUGGUGUGAAAAUCAUAACUGUAGGUAUAGGACUGAAGGAUGCCAAUGAAGUGUUAGAUAUGGCUAGUAGUUCAGAAUUCGCCCUUAAUGCUGCAGGAUAUGACCAAUUGCAAGACAUUCAAGAAAAUCUCACAGAUGCUGUGUUAAAAAUAGCAUCAUCAAGAUAUGCAACUGAUGCCACUUAUUGGGGGAACACAACUUCUGUAACUAAUGCAUCCUCAAUAAUUCCUGGAACUUCAACUUUGAGUGCAUUUACUACAACAUCCUCAUCUACAAGCAGCACUGCUAUGACAUAUUCUUCAGCUGAAAUAAGUGUUCCAACAGCAGAAACAUCAAUGCCAUCAGUAACUUCAGUUACUAUGGACAAAUCUUUUUCAAUCACAACUGAAGAGACAGCACCCACAUUACCAGAAGAUGUCCUCAUUUCUUGCGGAAACUCAACCAAGUCAGAUAUUAUUUUCUUGCUUGAUGCAUCAUCCAGUAUAGGAGCUAGCAACUGGCUAAAACAAGUCCAAUUUGCAUCCAAAUUAGUGCAAAACUUUAGUGUUGGACCCAAUGCAAACCUAUUUGGUGCAGUCAUAUUUAACAGUCACCCAACCAAAAUAUUUGACCUUAAUACCUACUCCAAUGAAACUGGAGUUGCUAAUGCUUUGCUCUCCAUUCCAUAUCCAUUUACAAGUGGGACCUACACUGAUGUGGCUUUGUCUUUUGUAAGAACAAAUAAUCUGUUUGCUACAGCACAAGGUGGAAGGGAUGAGGCUGAAAACAUUCUUUUAGUCAUCACAGAUGGACAGUCUUAUUUUCCUACUUUAACAAUUUCAGAAGCUCAGAAACUUAAACAUGCUGGUGUUUCUAUAGUAACUAUUGGCGUUGGUCUGACUGUAUAUGAAGAAAUCAAUGCCAUGGCCAGUCAACUUGAUUAUGUGCUUACAAUUAACAGCUUUGAUUUACUUGAUAUUAUCCAAAACAGCUUAAUUGAUAUUACCUGUGACAUAUCCAAUGGAGCUGUGAACCCAAGAACACAAAUAACACAAACAUUACUGACUGAAACAAAGAUGUCUACCAUACACAGUUCAGAGUCUGAAAUGUCACCCACCAAAUCAACUCUACUUGAAACAGCUAGCUCAACUCUCAGUUCAACUGAUAUUUCACAUACUACACUAUUAGACAAGGAACCUGUUUCAGCGGACAUUAUUAUUUUAUUGGACUCUUCUGCAAGUCUGGGACUAGAGAACUGGCUCAAAAUGACCAAGUUUGCAGCAGAUUUUGUGGAGUCUUUUGAUGUUGGUCCAGAUGGUGCACAGUUUGGGGCACUUACAUUUAGCAACAGACCUGAACUCUUGUUUAAGCUCAACACUUAUCCCAACAGAUCCCCAGUAAUUGAAAAGAUACUAUCAGCACCAUACGUUCCAACCUACACUCGGAAUCAAGGUUUAAAUCAAGGUUUGGCUUCAAUCAGGAGCUGGUUUCUCUUUGAACCAUCCUCUGGUGGUAGACCUGAGGCACCAGAUAUUGUUAUUGUCAUUAUGAAUGGAACAUCUAGAUAUCCUGCUGAAGCUUCUUAUGAGGCUGGCUUACUCAAAGAAAAUGGUAUAAACAUUGUAGCUGUUGGAGUUGGACUGAACUCAGCGGCUGAAUUAAUGAAUAUUGCCAAUGAUAAGGAGUCUGUCAUCUCAGUUAAUGGAUUUGAUCAAUUGGAUGACAUCAAGUUCAAUCUUAUGUCGGAAGUGCUGGACAUUGUGACACUGACGACAUCCACAUCUAUGACUAAUACAACCGUUUCAAACUUUCUGACCACAGAAUUAGCAGGUACUACAUCGGUGUCAAUAGCAUCAAGCACUACAUCCACAACAACAACUGCUUCCACAUUAAGUACACUAAAUACAUUACCGAGCAUGUCAACAAGUGAAGAAAGUACAGAUGCAAAUCUACAAACCACAUUAUCCCAAGUGACAACUAACAUGAUACCAACUACUUAUGCUAGCACAUCAGCUUUUCUAGAAUCUAGUACUACAUCAGUGUCUACAACUUCAAGCACUACAACCACAACAACAACUGUUCCCACAAUAAAAACAACAACAUCUGUUCCUACAAUACGUACAUCUACAUUACCAAUCACAUCAACAACUAAAGCUAGUACAGAAGCAAAUCUACCAACCACAUUAUCCCAAACUACAUCUAACACGACAACUACUACACAUGCUAGCACAUCAGCUUUUCUAGAAUCUAGUACUAUAUCAGCGUCUUCAGCAUCAAGCACUAUGACCACAACAACAACUGUUCCCACAAUAAAAACAACAACACCUGUUCCCACAGUAAAUACAACAAUAACAGUACCAAACACAUCAACAACUACAGUAAGUACAGAAGCAACAACUAAAACAGCACCAUCUACAAAUUCUAGCACAUCAGCUAUUCUACAAUCUAUAACAACAUCAGUAUCUACAGCAACAAGCACUACGACCACAUCUGUUCCCACAAUAAAUACAACAACUGUUACUACAGUAACAACAACAACUAAAUUACCAAGUACAUCAACAACUUCAGCAAGUACUGAAGCAACAACUAAAACAACACCAUCUACACAUGCUAGCACAUCAACUUUUCUAGAAUCUAGUACUACAUCAGCGUCUACAGUAUCAAGCACUACAAACAUGACAUCUGUUCCCACAAUAAAUACAACUACUGUACCAAACACAUCAACUACUUCAGCAAGUACAGAAGCAACAACUAAAACAACACCAUCUACGCAUGCUAACACAUCAGCUAUUCUAGAAUCUAGUACUACAUCAGCGUCUACAGAAACAAGCACUAUGCCCACAAUAUCUGUUCCCACAAUAAAUACAACAACAUCUGUAACUACAGUAAGUACAAAAACUAAAUUACCAAGCACAUCAACAACUUCAGCAAGUACUGAAGCAACAACUAAAACAACAUCAUCUAUAAAUGCUAUCACAUCAGCUAUUCUAGAAUCUAGUAAUACAUCAGCGUCUACAGAAACAAGCACUAUGCCCACAAUUUCUGUUCCCACAGUAAAUACAACAACAUCUAUUCCCACAGUAAGUACAACAUCUACAUUACCAAGCACUUCAACAUUUAAAGCUAAUACAGAAGAACAUCUACCAACAACAUUAUCCAAAGCUUCAACUAACACAACACCAUCUACACAUGCUAGCACAUCAGCUAUUCUAGAAUCUAGUACAAAAUCAGCGUCUUCAGCAUCAAGCACUAUGACCACAACAACAACUGUUCCCACAAUAAAUACUACAACAUUUGUUACUACAGUAAAUACAACAACUACAUUACCAAACACAUCAACAACUUCAGCAAGUACAGAAGCAACAACUAAAACAACACCAUCUACACAUGCUAGCACAUCAGCUAUUCUUGAAUCUAGUACUACAUCAGCAUCUACAGCAUCAAACACUACGACUACCAUUACAUCUGUUCCCACAGUAAAUACAACAACAUCUGAUCCCACAAUAAGAACAUCAACUAAAGAAAGUACAGAAGCAAAAAUUCCAACAACAUUAUCCCAAGCUUCAUCUAACACAACACCAUCUACACCAGCUAGCACAUCAGCUAUUCUAGAAACUAGUACAUCAGCAUUUACAGCAUUAAGUGCUUUGACCAAAACAACAUCUGUUUCCAUAACAAGUACAACAUUAUCUAGUGCCACCAGUAUUUCUCCUAAAACAACAACUGUACAACUUGCUACCUCUACGGGAACUUUGGUAACCAAUGAGUCAAUAAGUACUUCUAGUGCACCUGCUAAUGUAUCAUUUGAAGAUACACCUGCUCCACUACCUGGAGAUGUUGUUGUUUCUUGUGGAAAUUCCAGCAAGGCAGACAUAAUAUUUCUACUUGAUGCAUCGUCCAGUGUAACAGAACCAAACUGGAAAAAGAUUGUCAAAUUUUCAUCCGAUUUGGUUCUGAACUUUACUUUUGGUUCUGAUAGCAAUCUGUUUGGAGCAGUCAUUUUUAACUCACAGGCUACCAAGAAAUUUGAUCUGAACACCUAUCAUAAUAAAACUGCAGUUGCUAAUGCUCUACUGGCUAUACCAUAUCCUUUCACCAGUGGCACAAACACUGCUUCAGCAUUGUCCUUUAUACUGACAAAUAACACAUUUGGUACAUCCAGUGGAGGCAGAGAUGAUGCUCAAAACAUUCUCAUAGUCAUAACAGAUGGACAAUCUUCCAAUCCUAAUCAAACAAUCAUAGCAGCUCAGAAUUUGAAAGAUGCUGGCAUAUCAAUAGUAACAAUAGGAAUAGGUCUGGCAGAUUUACACGAAAUAACAGCAAUGGCCAGUCAGCAUGAUUUUGUGUUUAACAUAAACAACUUUGAUGUCUUAAGCAUAAUCAAUAAAGACUUGUUGCAAAUUACUUGUGACAUAUCUAAUGUCUUCACAAACCAAACAACUAAUGCAUCUACAACAAGGGCCACAACAAGGGAUGUAUCAACAAGUCAAAGUAUUACUACCUUGCUUGUCACCGAAACACCAUCCACUCAAGCAUCAUCAUCAUUAGCUAGUGCCACCAGUAUUUCUCCUAGAACAACAACUGUACAACUUGCUACCUCUACAGGAACUUUGGUAACCAAUGGGUCAAUAAGUACUUCUAGUGCACCUGCUAAUAUAUCAUUUGAAGAUACACCUGCUCCACUACCUGGAGAUGUUGUUGUUUCUUGUGGAAAUUCCAGCAAGGCAGACAUAAUAUUUCUACUUGAUGCAUCGUCCAGUGUAACAGAACCAAACUGGAAAAAGAUUGUCAAAUUUUCAUCCGAUUUGGUUCUGAACUUUACUUUUGGUUCUGAUAGCAAUCUGUUUGGAGCAGUCAUUUUCAACUCACAGGCUACCAAGAAAUUUGAUCUGAACACCUAUCAUAAUAAAACUGCAGUUGCUAAUGCUCUACUGGCUAUACCAUAUCCUUUCACCAGUGGCACAAACACUGCUUCAGCAUUGUCCUUUUUACUGACAAAUAACACAUUUGGUACAUCCAGCGGAGGCAGAGAUGAUGCUCAUAACAUUCUCAUAGUCAUAACAGAUGGACAAUCCUCCAAUCCUAAUCAAACAAUCAUAGCAGCUCAGAAUUUGAAAGAUGCUGGCAUAUCAAUAGUAACAAUAGGAAUAGGUCUGGCAGAUUUACACGAAAUAACAGCAAUGGCCAGUCAGCAUGAUUUUGUGUUUAACAUAAGCAACUUUGAUGUCUUAAGCAUAAUCAAUAAAGACUUGUUGCAAAUUACUUGUGACAUAUCUAAUGGCUUCACAAACCAAACAACUAAUGCAUCUACAACAAGGGCCACAACAAGGGAUGUAUCAACAAGUCAAAGUAUUACUACCUUGCUUGUCACCGAAACAACAUCCAUUCAAGCAUCAUCAUCAUUAGCUAGUGCCACCAGUAUUUCUCCUAGAACAACAACUGUACAGCUUGCUACCUCUACAGGAACUUUGGUAACCAAUGGGUCAAUAAGUACUUCUAGUGCACCUGCUAAUAUAUCAUUUGAAGAUACACCUGCUCCACUACCUGGAGAUGUUGUUGUUUCUUGUGGAAAUUCCAGCAAGGCAGACAUAAUAUUUCUACUUGAUGCAUCGUCCAGUGUAACAGAACCAAACUGGAAAAAGAUUGUCAAAUUUUCAUCCGAUUUGGUUCUGAACUUUACUUUUGGUUCUGAUAGCAAUCUGUUUGGAGCAGUCAUUUUCAACUCACAGGCUACCAAGAAAUUUGAUCUGAACACCUAUCAUAAUAAAACUGCAGUUGCUAAUGCUCUACUGGCUAUACCAUAUCCUUUCACCAGUGGCACAAACACUGCUUCAGCAUUGUCCAUUUUACUGACAAAUAACACAUUUGGUACAUCCAGUGGAGGCAGAGAUGAUGCUCAUAACAUUCUCAUAGUCAUAACAGAUGGACAAUCCUCCAAUCCUAAUCAAAGUAUGAACCAUUUUAAAUUUGUUGACAGUCUUUAUUCUUCAUCUAGAUUAAAUAAUGUAUCUUUCUGA